CACGCUCUUCGACGUCAGACGAACGUUCUGGAGACGGUGUCGGUCACCAUGGAGCCGGUGUGACUGCACUUGCUGAAGGUCCCCAGUACUUACCGGUGUUGUAUCACAUUUGACAUAUAUUUUGUGACCUUAAGCAGCAGAACACAUGAAGUACCUUUGACCUGAUGUGUUGCUUGGUCUCUCCACGGAUGCUGCGUAAUUGGCUAGGUUCUUCCAGCAUUUUCUGCUUCUGUUUCAGAUUUCAGAAUCUACAGUAAUAUUUGUUUGCCUGUACCAAGGAUGUACAAGAAGGAGAAAGGCAUACAGAUUAAGAGCAGUGCAUCUGCCCUUUAUAACAACCUCAGCGUGCUGCCCAUCACACACAAGAAUCUCACCUACUUUGCUGUGAUCCACGGUGGCCUGGUAAAUAUGGUGAGCGCCUCUGCUGAUGGCCUGAACUUCUCUCACAGGCAGCUGCAGUCCAAGGAGGGAGGCAUGGGACAUGGCACCUCCUUAAUCAUGCAGGCAUCGUGGUGUGUGUUACCUUCUCGAAUUCUCCUGGUGUUGGCAUCACAGAAAGGCAUUCAGAUGUAUGAAUCAGAUGGCUCCAUCAUGGUCUACUGGCAUGCAAUGGAUACCCCAGAAGCACAAACAGAUGCUGUUUUUGCCCGGGGUAUUGCAGCAACGAGGAGUAACUACAUCUGUGUGGGCACUUCGACGGGAUCCAUCCUUGUCUUUAAUAUUCCUCCUAAAGGGACCAAUAUCACUAUGUCAGAAGUUCUGGAGGAGCACAGGGACCCAAUCACUGAUAUUGCAUGUGACUCCUCUGAAGAUAAGGGCUGCAAUGCAGAUAUGGUGACGGCUGAUGACUCCGGGCUCCUCUGUGUCUGGAAAUCAGGAGAAGAUUUUACACUCAUCAACAAGAUUUCAUCUUACGGGGUUACCUGCUCAUCUGUGAGGAUGUGGAAUGGGAUGAUUGCAGCUGGUUACGGGAGUGGCCAGAUCCAGAUCUUCGAUGCAGCGACUGCUACGGUACACUUGGCGGUGAACGCUCAUGCCCGCUGGAUCAGCACACUUGAUAUUGCACCCCAAAAUGGCAAGCUGUUGUCAGGGGCUGAGGAUUCCUUCGUCCACAUUUGGAGACUCUUUUGGAACCUGGAGUCCAAAACCAUUGAGGUGGAGCAUUUGCACACGGAGUGUGUGACCGAUGUUCAGGUCUGCGGAGGCAAGUUCUGUGACCUCGAAGGAAGUGCCUUUGCAGUGACCGGAUACGACCUGAGUGAGAUUAUUCGUUAUGUCCAGGUGUAAGUACUGCAGAAGGAGAGUCGAUGUGCAGAUGCCAGCAGCUCUCCAAGAGAAUACAGCCUGUCUGUAAGUUCCUUCAGACAGGAUACAUGGAACUCGUUCCCUCAUUGUUCAAGUUCAAAUUCAAGUUUAUUGUCAUUUGACUGUACAUGUAAACAACCAAACGAGACACUGCGUUCCUCUGGACCACAGUGCAUCCACACAACGUAUAUCACACAGAGCACAUAAAACAAAAUAUUACCAUAAGUAAGUUAAUAAAAUAUAAUUCAAAACUGUGCAGCAGAAAAGAAGCCAUACAGUAAACAGCAACUCUGCCCUAGUGAGCAGACCUCAGCGGUGUCAGGGGAUUAAUUGGUCUCAUAGCCUAAGGGAAGAAGCUGUUACCCAGCCCAGCAGUCCUAGUCCUGAUGCUCCUGUACCUCCUUCCUGAUGGUAGUGGGUCAGAGAGAUUGUGGGAUGGGUAGAAGGGAUUCUCAACAAUGCUUUGGGCCCUUCACCAGGAAUGCUGCAGGUAAAUAUCAUAAAUGGGGGGAGGGAGACCCCUGUGGUCCUCCUGGUGGACCCCGUGCUUAGCAGGUGGCACUGAUAUGUAGGGUAAUUGGAGCCCUCUAUUCAUCUGUGGGCUCAAGACGUAGCACAGACAUUGGUGACUUUGAAUUAAAUGAAAAAAUCCAAUGCUAAUUUCACUAAAAGUGUGGCCAGUGUGGCUCAUCUAAGCUCUUUCCCAGUAUGCCCAAAAAUUGUUUCCAAAUUAUCAAAAGGAUGGAUUAGGGUAUGGACAGCAAACACUGAUAAUUAAUUAAUUAGCUAAUUAAUAGUCUGUGUAAAAAUGCAAAAUGAAACCAGUUAGUUUUGUUAUUUAAUAUUAAAGUUUGGUGUUUCUUUGUCUGUUUAAAGAUAUUUGAAUGCUGUUGUAAAGAGAAGACUGUUUAUUUGUCUGGUGGUGUGCAAGUUAUCUGCUUUCUCCGAGGAAACAUAGUAUUAACACUAAUUUACGUGAACAACAUUUACUGUGCAGUCACCAAACACUGACAGACCU